AUGGCCCCACGAAAGCAACCGGGAGUUCGUCCACCGCCAACUCCCCGAGGCAACCCGAGGAGAACCCCACCAGUAACUCAAACAUCAGUGGAAAUGCCAAACCAGGGAGGAGACCCAGAAGUAACAAAUGUAAACCAAACAUUCCAAAUGAAUUCCGCCAUGAUACAGAACAUGCUCGCACAAGGAAUUGCUACGGCUUUGGCAGCAUACGAGGCAGCCCGAAAUGGAAACACUGGAAAUAGUGGAAGUGGCACUACCGCAAUUCACCAAAGAUACACCAGACACUGCUCCUAUAAGGAUUUCAUGAGAUGCAAACCUCGACCCUUCUACGGCACUGAAGGAGCUGUUGGGCUAUCUUGUUGGAUAGAAAAGACUGAGGCUGUCUUCCACAUCAGUGCUUGCCCCGAUGACUAUAGGGUUAAGUACGCUACCUGCACGUUGAUGGACUCCGCCUUAACUUGGUGGAAUAACCAUGCGAAGUCCAUGGGAAUCGCUGAAGCUUAUGCCAUGGGCUGGGAAUCACUGAAGCAACUAAUGACCAAGGAGUAUUGUCCCCGACAGGAGAUACAGGCUCUAGAGCAAGAGCUUUGGAACCUUGUCAUGAAAGGAUCAGAAGUAGCUGCCUACACCUUUCGAUUCAAUGACCUUGCAAACCUUUGCCCAGGAAUGGUGACCCCGGAAGACAGGAAGAUUGAAAGGUACAUCUGGGGCCUAGCUUCACCUGUUCAAGGUCUGGUGACGACAUCCAAACCCUCCACUUUCGAUAGUGCUAAGCAAUUAGCCUAUCAGUUGACUGGACAGUGUGUCCGGCAGGGUACCAUGAACCCACCGGCAGAGAAGAAGAACACUGGAGGCACCAAAAGGAAGUUUCAUGGGGAAACAAAGGAGGACUCCAACCAUCACAAGGUUGAACCAGAACCAUUAGCUGUCUACGCCGCAGUUACCAACACUCCCACACCAACUAAGUCCUACUAUGGGACUUUACCUCAUUGUAUAAAGUGUAAUUUCCAUCAUGUCAGAAAUUGCAGGGAGGUGAUCUGCAACAAGUGUAACAUGAGAGGUCACAUCUCGAGGUACUGUAGAAGAACCCCAACCACUACGGCAGAAGGAAUUCGUAACUGUUACGAGUGCAAUCAGCCAGGGCAUUUUAGGAAGGACUGCCCACAACUAAAGAACCAAGGUGGCAAUGGAAGGGUACUUAUGAUCACAUCAGGAGAGGCUCUUCCGGAACCACCUGUGGUUAUUGGUACGUUUCAUAACAACAAUGUUUAG